GAAAGUUGCCAGCUUGCCACCGCCAUAUUGAAAUUUGUUGUGCUUCGGUAGAAAACAUUGUGAGCACGUGGAUUGUUGGUAUUUUAAUAAUUGAGACAAAUUUGUUUGUAGUGUAUUACAGUUAUCACAUGUUUUGCAUUGUUUAAUUUUCUUGUUCAGUAAGUGUUUAUUUAUUUACUUCGAUUUGUAAAUUUGGCUGGUAAAAGUGGCUUAUUACAAUGGCACCUUGUCGACAGUUGCUCAUGUGGUCGGUUCCAUCAAUAGCUGUAUUAUUAGGCAUUUUUUGGUUCAAGAAAAAGAGGGAGUACGCAAAAUCUGACCCUGGCGGGAGAGAAAGACUGAAAAGUUUAAAAGAGGAGUUGGCAAAUGCUUUAAAUGCUGAAGCUGAACUGUUAAGGUCUUCGCCAAUAAGUAAGAUUGAGCGUUCCAUAAUUAAGUCGGCACCUAUUGAUAUAAUUCCAAAUGGCAGUGGAUCACAGAGAUCCUCUCCACUGGAAAUGACUGAUGAGGAAAUUGAUUUGGAGAUUGAAAAAAUUAUAAAAAAGAAAUCUCUAGAGAAAGAAAAGAAAAUGUCUCUGACUUCAGACAAAACAGAUGAUGUUUACCUUAGGGAGGAUUGUAUUAUUGUUAAGGAUUCACAACAUAAUUUGUACUCAUCUUUUAAAACUGAAGUAGUAAAUAACACUUGUGAUAAUAUUAGUAUUCAAAGUUCUGAUGAAGGUCAUUCAAAAUGCAUAGUUAAUGAUUUAUCUAAUAACUCUGAGAAGGAUACUUCUCAGUCAGAUAGUUUGAAAUGUGCAUCUGCAGUAUCUGAAAAUGAUGACACUGCAGAGGACACAACAACUAAUAAUGAAAAUUUACAUAUUAAUAAUAAUAAUAUUACAAAUAAAGACAAUGAUAAUACUGAAGAUAAAGCAGUUGAAGAAUCAAAUGAUUGUAAUGAACCAAGUAAUGAUGCCAACAGUUUCUUACCUCCACAAAGUAGAAGAAUAUCGGAGAGGGAUUCAGCAAAUCAUAGUCCAGUAGAUCCAAUGAUGGCAAGUCCAUCUACGUGUCAUUUUUCAGACAGUCAUAGUGAAGGUUCAAGUGACAGUGGUAAAGGCUGCUCAGAAGCAGCCAGUCCACCUCCUGCAAAUAUGAAUAUGAACACAGUUCCUUUAGAAACUGAUUUGAGAAUACACCAAUUUAUAAUACCACAAACUUUAGUUGGUUUAUUAAUAGGAAAAUUUGGUUCAUUUGUAACUAAAAUUAAAGCAAAAACGGGUGCAACAGUUUAUGUGAGAAGACAUCCCGAGUUAAUCAAACAAAAAAUUUGUGCAAUAGAAGGUACAGAAACUGAAAUAGAAGCAGCUCUAGAAAUGAUUAAAGAAAAAUUCCCUGAAAAGAGGUUUCCAAAUUUUUCUACUGAAGAAAUUAGUGCUGAAUUAUGUCAAAGUCUAAACCCAGUAAUACCAGAAUUUCUUCAACUGCAACUCGUUGAAUCAGUGAACAACGACACAAUAAUGACGUGCAUCGUCAGCGCCGGGCACUUCUUCCUGCAACAGCCUCUUCACCCGACGUUCCCUUCGCUGCACGCGCUGCACCGCCUCAUGGCCGCCACCUACCAGGCCCCGGAUGUGCCAGCGUUGCCGCGCCCGUUGACAGAGGGUUCUAUCUGUGCUGCUCCAACUGAAAACAACUGGUAUCGUGCACAAAUCAUAUCCACAUCAGAGGAGAAUGACACGUCUGUUGUACAGCUGGUCGAUUUUGGAGGCUACCUCACUGUGGACAACGAUCAGCUAAAACAGAUUCACGCGGACUUCAUGACACUGCCCUUCCAGGCAACGGAAGCCCUACUAGCCUUUGUCAAACCUGCUAAAGAUGAGGCGGAGUGGAGCGGCGAGGCGCUGCGCAUCAUGGCGGGGCUGACGGCGGGCCAGCUGCUGCACGCGCAGGUGGCGGGCUACAACGAGCAGGGCCUGCCGCUCGUGCACCUCUACCUCACGCUCAGCCCGCAGCAAGUAAUAUUCUUGAACAGAGAGCUGGUGGACCGCGGACUGGCGGAGUGGGACAUUCCUGCGGACUCGUGAAGUGCUCCGCCGCCCACCGCCGACCAAUAAUAUGAGGUUGCGUUUCUUCUCGAGCCCCUUCAUAGACUCAACUCGUUGGUAGGCGAGGAAAAGCUACCUCGCAUUAUCAGUCGCGUCGCACUACGUUCGUCGGUCGGAUUGCCAGUCGUCGAGUAAAUUAAAUUUUAAUUAUACGUGAUCUAUUUUAUGUUGUGAACGUAUAUGAAAUAGAAACUGAUUUCGUACGUAAUGUUUGUAUUUUAGUGUUGACUCGUUUCGGUGCAACAAUUGUAACUAUCGACUGCUGUAUAUCGUUACUAGUAUGUAUGUCUGUGGACAGAUUUAUUUAUGUCUAAACUCCCACAAAUUACACUAGAGUAUGAUACGCUUAUAAAUGAACAUUUUAUAGUAACCAUGAAUAACUGUCUCAUAGGUAAAUUACAAGUUAUUGGCGCUUAUGUAAGUUUAUAAUUUUUUUUUUUGUGUUUUCUUAGAUCAUUUUGUUGUAAUCUUAAGAUUUGGUCAGGAUGCUCAUUAUAAUACAUAAUAGCACUGCCAUUUGCAUUUUUCUUGUUGUAAGUAUUGAUUUGUUCAAUAUAUCUAUUUUCACUUUUCAUGUGUGCAGUGCCAAUAUAAAUUAUAGUGUUGGCCUGAUUUUAAAUCAUAUUAUCUCGUCUACUUCGCCUUGAGUGGUGGCCUUUUAUGAUUCUAUAAACUUCCAGUAAUGAUUCUAUAUUUUAGAAAAUUAUCUGUCAUUAAAACUAUUGAGAGCUGUGUAAAUUAAUUAUAUGCAUAAUAAUAUGAAACUGUUGUUAUUUGCAUAAAUAGGUGACCAUUAUUGUGCGUUUGUUAUGUGCAUAAAGAUUUGUUAUUAUUAGAAAUUAUUGUAAAAUAGUGAAUUUAAAAGAGCAUAAUGGGAAAUUGUGUUCUGUGAAAUAACUCAUCGAUUGAUUUGUAAAAAUUGUUAAGUCUUAAAUAAAAUGCAAUAAUAAAUACAAUUUGUACAGGUAUUUUUUUUUAAAUGCCACAUAUUAAUAAAUUUAAUAAUAUAUGAGUAACUUAAUUUCUUUUAUUAAUAUUUAAAUUGGGAAUAAAUAAAGCGUAUUGUUCUGAUGAGCAUGUAUUAAAUGAGCAAAUAUUCCUGACUUUAUCAUAGAGGUAAUGUACAUAAUAGAAUGUUUAAGUAGUUACUACAAAGCAAUUAAUAUUUGUUUGAAAAAAUAUUUCAGUAUUUUUAUGUUGAAUAAAUUAGGGUGUUCUAGUGAUUUGAAUUGUAUGCAAUGACAUUGGUGAACUCGACAGGCUAUGGAAUUAACAACGACUUUUUGUAGUUUAGCAUCGAGCCUUAUUUGAUAUGUUGCUGUUUUCGAGACUUCUUACACUACUAGAGUUCACAAAUAGAAUUGCUGAUAUCAGAGUGUGAAUUGAUAAUAAUCUAGCUGGCUCUCCGUUUGCAUUUUGUUAUCGUCCGUACUACUGUAUAUAAACUAAUAUAUUUGCAGUUAAAUCAAUAAAAUGUCGUUUUAAAAA